CAUCCUUCGCAUUCAGGGUCUCCUCGGCUUCUCACCAGCCCCGCGAGCUAAUCUUCUCUUCGCAUCCUCACCUCCGCACCCUUCCUCUCCCUCGGACCCCUUCGACGUCGGUCUUGCAUCCCCAUCGCCUCGUCAGGAGGCUCACACUGCCAUGUCCCAAGCAGGACCGAUUCAGGUCUAUCAGCUCAGCUUGGAGGAUGACGGCAGUCCCUCCAAGGAGAAGAGCUACAUCCGGCUUCCUGCCCCGGUAGAGCCUUAUCUGCUGCGAUUUGGCAUCGAAGCAGGCAGCGUAGCUUCGAAGCAGGGCAGCUUGUGGACAAACUUCCCGCCUCAGGGCCAAGCCUUUGAGAGAUCCAAAUUCACCGAAUACAAACUACCCGGCGAUGUCAGUAAGGCUACCCAUGUCGAUCUCUACAUCUCUCAGCCAGGAGCUUUCGAAUUCUAUGUAGAGCAUGCUGCACCAGACGAUGAGAUCACCUAUCCUACCGUCGAACGGCCUGUAACGAAGCCUGAUCCCAGCAAGCGCAAGAGAGUUCAGUCUAGGCACGGGUCCUUCAAUGUGGAUCCGAUCAUCACGAUCCCAGAGAGAACGUCCAUUCUAGACCAAAAGUCGCUCAAGCCUGCUACUGGCGGCGGCAAGGUGGGGACCAAGGACGUUGUCAUCAGUCAAACCGCUCUCGUCACUCUGUCGUUCUUUGCCAAGUGGGCUGGCCCGCUCUCAGAAUGGGCUCCUCAUCUCAAGGUCGCAUCGGAAGCAGGCUACAACAUGAUCCACUACACUCCCCUGCAAGUGAGAGGUAGCUCCAAUUCGCCCUACUCUAUUGCGGACCAGCUAGACUUUGCCCACGACAUGUUUGAUGCCAAAGCUGGCAGAAGCUCCUCACGAGAGGAGAGAGCUGCUACGCUCAAGUCGUGGCUACAGAAGAUCAGAAAGGAAUACGGCAUGCUGAGCUUGAUGGACGUGGUUCUCAAUCACACAGCUAAUUCGAGCGAGUGGCUCAAUGAGCAUCCUGAGGCAGGCUACACGCCCGAGAAUUCACCUCACCUUACCCCUGCUGAAGAGCUGGACCGAGCUUUGUAUGAGUUCUCCAACAACCUCGCUUCCUUGGGCUUGCCAACCGACCCGAAAUCAGCAGCUGACGUCGAUAAGAUCAUUGAAGGCGUGAAGGCUCACGUCCUCGACCCAUUGAAGCUCUGGCAGUACUAUGUCAUUGACGUCAAGGCCACCAAGGAGGCUGUCAGCGCUGCAUGGUCAAGUUCUGCAUCCAAGACUGGAACUCCGGUGAAGACCUCAGAGGAGUUGGCCACUGCGCUGAAAGCUCAAGCACUCCGCGGGGAGUUGGCCUUGAGCGACCGCUUUGUUACUCACCUCGACACAGAGGCUACAGUCGCCAUCCUCAAGUCCUCUUACAGCGACGAGAGCUCUGCAGUUGAAGCUGUCGGCAAAGCUGUGGACGCCUUGAACGUGCCAUUGUAUCAGACCUACGAUGACGAUAUCAAGGCGAUCACUUCCAAUUUGAAGGGACGUCUCGCUUACAUGCGCGUAGAAGAGGGAGGACCGAAGCUGGGACCUAUUACACCCGAGUCACCCUUUUGCGAGACCUAUUUCACGCGACUGGAUCCAAACCACCCUAGCGUGAAAAAAGCUGGUCACUCUGCCAAAUCCCUCGCUCUCGCUAACAACGGUUGGAUCUGGGCUGCGGACCCAUUGAUGGACUUUGCCUCCUCGAAGAGUCGUGUCUACCUUCGACGAGAGGUCAUUGCCUGGGCCGACUGUGUGAAGCUACGAUACGGCUCAGGUCCCCAGGAUUCGCCUUACCUGUGGAAGCAUAUGGAGCAGUACGUCACUGCAUCCGCUGAGAUGUGUGAUGCUUUCCGGAUCGACAAUUGCCACUCGACACCUGUCCAUGUUGGAGAAUACUUCCUCGAUGUCGCCCGAAGGGUGAAGCCCAAUCUCUACGUUUGCGCUGAGCUCUUCACGGGCUCGGAAGAAAUGGACGUCUACUUUGUCAGUCGUCUAGGACUCAACGCUCUCAUCAGAGAGAUGGAGAACGGUCACGAUCCGAAGGAGGAGAGUCGGCUCCUGUACCGAUUCGGAGUCAACAAGCCCAUCGGUAGCAUGGACAAAGAUUGCUUGUCCACGAAUGGAGUGGCUCAGGUACCUGGAAAGGGUAGCGAAAUCCCCGCUGUCGUUACUCCGUUGUCCGGUUCUUCCCCAGAUGCUCUCUUCAUGGACGUCACCCAUGACAACGAGACACCCACGAAGAAGCGUACGACCGAGGACAUCAUCACGAUGGGCUCCCUCGUUGCCUUCUCUUGGUCAGCCAUUGGUUCAACAAAGGGAGUGGACGAGCUGUACCCUGAGCUCUUGAACGUCGUCGAUGAGACUCGCAAGUACGAAGUGUACAGUGCACCGGCUGACCGUGGAAUUGGCGAGGUCAAGCGCAUCGUCAAUUCCUUGCACCGAGAGAUGGUGCAAGAUGGAUACGAGGAGGGCCACGUCCACCAAGAAGGAGACUACAUCAUGUUCCACCGCGUGCAUCCGAAGACUCACAAGGGCUACCUGUGCAUUGCUCACACAGCAUUCCACAAGGACGGUCCCAAGGGUAGAGGUCAGAUCACGCCCAUCCAUCUUGACAGGACCAAAGUUCAGUACAUUGCUGGCAAAACGCUCGAAGUCACUAACAAGACCGCUCCUCAGGACAAGGAGACUCUCAAGGGCCUCGAGAGCAAGCUGAUCGAUGUGCCUGCCCCAUCAGUCAAGGAAGGCAGAGGAGACAAUGGCGUCUUUUACUCUGAGAUUGUCAUCCCAGAGAACUUCCCACCGGGAUCCAUCAUGCUCUUUGCCAGCGCCAUGGAAGGUCUCUCUACAGAUCUUGAAGCGCUGUGCAAGUCUGGAGCAAAGGAAGCAUUUGCAGACCUAGACCUUGUCGACUUGAACGUCAUUCUAUAUCGAGCCGAUGGUGAGGAGAAGGACAGUACUCAGGGCAAGGAUGGAGUCUAUGCUAUUCCCAACGAUGAGACACACGUCUACUGCGGUCUUGAAGGAUGGAUGCACUCUCUGCGCAAGGUGAUGAGGCACAACGACCUGGGUCACCCGCUGUGUGCCCACCUCCGCAACGGCUGCUGGGCUCUGGACUACGUUCACGGUCGUUUGGAGAAGCAGACAGGCCAGUUCCCUAGGGUGGCCAAGCCAGCGGCGUGGAUGAAGGAGCGCUUUGAUAAGAUCGCUGCCACUGUGCCUUCCUUCAUGCGGCCAAAGUACUUCGCUUUGACGGUUAGCACUGCCUACGAGGCAGCUGUCGAGCAGGCCGUAGCUCAGAUGAGCCCUUUCGUGAGAGAGGGUCAUCCUUUCAUCAGGUCUUUGGCGCUCUGCUCAGUUCAGAUGAACGGUAACGUCAAGUCGGCCAGCUUGUGGCACGAUCGUCCUUCUGCCUCCAUGGCGGCCGGUCUUCCCUUCUUUGCGGCCUCCUGGGCGCGUCUCUGGGGUCGUGAUGUCUUCAUUUCCUUACGCGGUCUCUACCUCACUACCGCCAUGCACCAGUACGCCCGUGAGCACAUCCACUCCUUUGGCUGCACGCUCAAGCACGGUCUCAUCCCCAAUCUCCUCAAUUCAACUACCAACCCGCGCUACAAUUGCCGAGAUGGUCCUUGGUUCUUUGCGCAAAACGUGCAGGACUACACCAAGAUGGUUCCCAAUGGACUGUCCAUCCUGGACGAUAAGAUCAAGCGUCGAUUCCCUCUGGACGACGAGUGGGUGCCAGUGGACUCGCCAAAGGCAUUCGCCUAUGAGUCUACCGUUGCCGAGCUGAUUCAGGAGAUUCUGCAGCGCCAUGCCUCUGGUAUCCACUUCCGUGAGCACGACGCCGGUACAAAGAUCGACGAGCACAUGAAGGACAAGGGCUUCAACAUCGACAUUGAGACGGACUGGUCCACGGGUAUCAUCUUUGGUGGUAACGAGUCUAAUUGCGGUACUUGGCAAGACAAGAAUGGCUCUAGUAUCAAGGCUGGCAACAGGGGUGUCCCCGGCUCUCCUCGAGAUGGAGCUGCUAUCGAGAUCACUGCACUGCUGAAGAGUACGCUCACUUGGGUUGCUAAUCUGCAAGCCAAGGGCAAGUGGCCACUCAAGGCCACUGGCGUCGAGGCAACUGUUGAUGGCAAGAAGAGGACAGUGACUUACAAGGAGUGGGCCGACCUGAUUCAAAAGUCUUUCGAAAGAUGCUACUGGGUCCCUCUCAAUGCUUCCGAUGACUCAAAGUAUCGUCUGGACUCGAAAUUAGUCAACCGUCGAGGAAUCUACAAGGACGUCUUUGGCUCUGGUAAAGGACGGGAGUGGUCCGACUAUCAAUUCCGCUCCAACUUUCCUAUUGCAAUGUGCGUUGCGCCUGAGCUCUUCGAUCGAGAGCACGCACAGACUGCUCUUCAGGCCGCCCAUAGCGUUCUCCGUGGUCCUCUGGGUAUGCGUACGCUAGACCCGAGCGACAGCAACUAUCGAGGAGACUAUGACAAUUCCAACGACACGACCGACUUCCACUUGGCGCAAGGAUGGAACUACCACAAUGGACCCGAGUGGGUCUUCCCCACCGGCUUCUUCCUCAGGGCCAAGGUUCUCUUUUCUGAAAAGGACGAUGAGACUUGGCACCACAUUUCUGCGCUACUCCUGGAGCAUCGUAGACAUGUCAAGGAGAGCCCCUGGGCUGGUUUGCCAGAGCUGACCAAUUCCAAUGGAAGCUACUGUAGGGACUCGUGUGCUACGCAGGCUUGGAGCGCUAGCACCAUCCUAGACGCCCUCUUUGAGAUGUGGGAGGCUAGAGGUGGAGCCAAGUAGAGAGUGUCCGACCCUGAUCUCAUUGGCGAGGGUGCGAUUGACUAGAGCAACGGACGAUUGAUUUGCGAACAAUUAGAAUGAGCGCUGCACCGGCAAGGGUGAAAGAACAAGACGGGCUGCAGGAGAAGGAUGUGCAAUGCGUGGAAUACAAAUUGACUUAUAGAAUGAAAAGCCGUAGUCCCUUUGAGCGAUUGAAGUGAGGAGUGAGGAGCGAGGAGCAGAUGUGCGAAAGUUUGUAGCACUGAUUGCUUCCUUGGUGAGAUGAACAGAGAUGACCCGGUACUCCUCAUGUACAUCACGAUGGGGCCGAGGGGAGUCGUCCGCGCAACAAAUCUGUAACCUCUCGUCCACAAUGGCGCUCACACCGACACGCGAUUAUACAGAAUGCGUCCGUCAAGGACAACAAUGAGGCAAAAGAAGCUUGUCGAAUUGGGAG